GGCUAAAUUGAUGUUGCAGCUUCAGCACGGACAGCGCAAUAAACACUUGCUGUGCUGUGGUGCCUUUUCGCUGCAGUAGGGAGGAGAGCGAGACAAUGCUCUCACACAGGCACUCGCUGUCAUUUUUUUUAACACAGUGUGACCAUCGGGUUCUCUUAUGAAACAAUAAGUUUAAACAUUUCGACCAAUCGAUUGGUCAAAAGAACAGGACGACUCUUGGUCGGGGGGGGACAGCCCUAAUACAUACAUAACCGUCACUUUAAAUUUCACUGCAGGACCCUAGUUUUUGCAGUAGUUCACUAUUCUGUGUCUGUAUUCAGCUAAUUCCUCCACGUCCCAGGUGGCAGCCUGGCUGUCUGCUGUAGUGCCACGUCCACCAACAUGUUUACAGAAAUCACACUCCGCUGUUUGGGUGAGAGGCAGUUGAAUGUCUAAAACGAAUACAAAGGCCUCAGAAAGCAUAAUGUGUCCCUUUCACAGAAGUUUUAAACUGAUUGAGCUGCAUUGAAGCUGGAGUGGCUUUGGCCGUUUCCUCGAUGCCUCUCAUGUGUUAACCCCUGUGACUCCUUAGCUGUCGUAUGCGUACGUUAGUAGUGCUAGUGCCCAUCUAUCAGUCAGAAGGCCACUACAUUUUAAUCAGGCAGUUGGAGGGCCUACUAAACCUUUACUGUGGGUGUAAACAUGGCGUCAGUAUAUAUUUGGGAUGCAGAAGGGUGUGUCGUGAAUAUUCAAUACAGUUACUGUGGUUAGACUUUAAAAGUCACGACGUCCCACUAUAAGGCUGGAAAUACACUGUGGUCAUGGUCAGGGGAUUGACACUGUCGUCAGCUGUGACUCUGACAUCUGUUUGUAGGUCACUUGUUAUAGAGAAUCAACCUUGUUUGGUACUUUUGGGUGUGGUGUAAGAUGAGUCAAAUAGUCUGAAUAUCAAUUUCUAUAAACAUUUGUACAGUAUCCCUAUUUCUCAUUUAGCAUAUAAUGGAAAUUGGAAAAGGCAUUGCUAAAAGCCACACUGGCUGUAGUUUGUAUUGCAACUUGAAGAUGAAUUUCCUUAUUUGUAGUGUACAUCCAGAAACAAAUCCUCCUGGCUAUAACUCUGUAGUUGGCAGUCUCCUGUAUGAGGAGGGCAGUAGUUUUAUGUACCUAAGAAACAAGGGGUGUGUCAGGUGUAUACUAACAGGUGAAGUCACUAUUCAAACCACAACACAUUUUGUGUUAAAGUGAAAGCACCCAUGACAAGAGUUAAGACAGGAGAUUGUGAAGCCUCCCAUACACACUUCCACGUUGACUCAUUGAAUCGUUUUUAGUUUAAUUCGGUUCCAAAUGAUUGUUAACGUUUGAUAUGUUUACCUUGUCACCGUGCACUCCAACUGGACUUUGGAAUAUAUAUUGGACUCACUUUAGUAGAAGUGAGGCUCCUAUAUGCCAAACAUGAUGUAACUGUCAUUGGUCACUGGUUGAACUUUGAACUGCCUGGUGCAGACUGAGUUUCCUGGAGGAGCUGCUGUGAGUGUGUACUCAAAUCUUCAACAUGGUGGACAAGGCAUGGAGGAAGAGUUGGCAGUUCAUCGAGAACAGGAUGUCUCUGCGUGUGAGGAAGCAGUCUUCCACUGUUGAACGUAAGAGUGAUGUGGAGGGGGAUGCGCGGCCCAGUGAGAGUGACGGUGGAGCAAGCUACAGGGGCCCAGUGAUAAGCCCGGACCGCUUCGAGGGCCCCCUCUACGGCCACGGCGUGCAGCCGGGCCCCCAGCGGCCCCCCCGCAGGCCCAAGCUCCAGCACUCGCAGUCCAUCCUUCGCAAGCAGGCCGAGGAGGAGGCCAUCAAACGCUCCCGCUCGCUCUCCGAGGGCUAUGAGCUCUCCGCUGACCUCCAGGACAAACAGGUGGAGAUGCUGGAGCGUAAAUAUGGAGGACGCUUCAUAACCCGGCAUGCGGCCCGCACCAUCCAGACAGCCUUCCGCCAGUACCAGAUGAACAAAAACUUUGAGCGUCUCAGGAGUUCUAUGUCUGAGAACCGCAUGUCCCGACGCAUCGUUCUGUCCAACAUGAGGAUGCAGUUCUCCUUCGAGGGCCCUGAGAAAGUCCACAGCUCCUACUUUGAGGGGAAACAGGUGUCCCUGACAGACGACGGCACCCCCCUGGCCUUGGUACAGUCCGAGUGCGGGGACAUGGAGGUCCACCACCAGGCCAACAUGGCGUCUCACCCUGCUUCCCAGAACGACCUGACGGACGCCAUCACGGAGUUGGAGGAUGCCUUCUCCAGGCAGGUGAAGUCUCUGGCCGAGUCCAUUGAUGACGCCUUGAACUGCCGCAGCCUGCAGGGCGACGAGGGUCUUGACCCUGAGGCCAUGGGCUGCCCCGAGGUAGAGAGGGAGGUGGCCUAUCAGGUGAAGCCUCACCGCGGGGUGGCGGGACGCAUGCGAGAGGACAUGAUGGCGUCCUACAGCGAUGUGACUCUGUUUAUUGAUGAGGAGGAGCUGUCUCCCUCUAUGGGGCUAUCGCGGGGGUCAGGUGACCAGCCCUCCAGCAUUGAGUCAGACCUACGCCUGCACUCAGCCAACUCCUCCCAGGAGUACUGGCCCCUGGACACCAAAGAUGAGGGGCGUGACACAGACACCAGCUGUCGCAGCACCCCUUCGCUGGAGUGCCAGGAGCAGCGGCUCAGGGUGGACCACCUCCCCCUGCUGACCAUCGAGCCGCCCAGCGACAGCUCCGCCGAACACAGUGACCGCUCUGACCGCAGCUCCGUCAAACGGCCGCCCGUCUACGAGCCUCACGGGGGCAGCCACAUCGUGGCGUCCUCCAAGGCUAGCCCCAAACACAUCUCUCAUGGCCCACCCCCGCGGGCGCCCUCCAGGGACGACAAGGCGCCCCUCCGCCACCGGGCGCUGGAAAGCCACCUGGCCAUCAACGGCUCUGCCAACCGGCAGAGCAAGUCUGAGUCUGACUUCUCGGACGGGGAUAACGACAGCAUCAACAGCACGUCUAACUCCAAUGACACCAUCAAUUGCAGCUCUGAGUCAUCCAGGGACAGCCUGAGGGAGCAGACACUCUGCAAGCAGACAUACCACAAAGAGACACGCAACAGCUGGGACUCGCCCGUCUUCAGCAACGAUGUGAUCCGCAAGAGGCACUACCGCAUCGGCCUGAACCUCUUCAACAAGAAGCCAGAGAAAGGCGUCCAGUACUUGACUGAGAGAGGGUUCGUCCCGGACACGCCUGUGGGUGUGGCUCACUUCCUGCUUCAGAGGAAGGGCCUGAGCAGGCAGAUGAUUGGAGAGUUCCUGGGCAACCGUCAGAAACAGUUCAACAGAGACGUCCUGGAUUGUGUGGUGGAUGAGAUGGAUUUCUCGUCAAUGGAGCUGGACGAGGCACUGAGAAAGUUCCAGAACCACAUCCGGGUCCAGGGAGAGGCCCAGAAGGUGGAGCGCCUCAUCGAAGCCUACAGCCAACGCUACUGUAUCUGUAACCCCACGGUAGUGCGACAGUUCCGGAACCCUGACACCAUCUUCAUCCUGGCCUUCGCCAUCAUCCUCCUCAACACAGACAUGUACAGCCCCAACGUCAAGCCAGAGAGAAAGAUGAAGCUGGAGGACUUCGUCAAGAACCUCCGAGGGGUGGAUGAUGGGGAGGACAUCCCCAGGGAGACUCUGGUAGGAAUCUAUGAGAGGAUCAGGAAGAGGGAGCUGAAGACAAACGAGGACCACGUGUCUCAGGUUCAGAAGGUGGAGAAACUCAUAGUGGGGAAGAAACCGAUUGGAUCUCUCCACCAUGGAAUAGGAUGUGUGCUGUCCCUGCCCCAUCGCAGGCUAGUGUGCUACUGUCGGCUGUUUGAAGUGCCAGACCCCAACAAGCUCCAGAAGUUAGGCCUGCACCAGCGGGAGAUCUUCCUGUUUAAUGACCUUCUGGUGGUGACAAAGAUUUUCCAGAAGAAGAAGAACUCUGUGACAUACAGCUUCCGGCAGUCUUUUUCUCUGUAUGGGAUGCAGGUUCUGAUGUUUGAGAACCAAUAUUACGGGAAUGGAAUCAGGCUGACAUCAGCCAUACCAGGUGCCGACGUCAAGGUCCUCAUCAACUUUAACGCGCCCAACCCCCAGGACCGCAAGAAGUUCACUGACGACCUGCGAGAGUCUAUCGCCGAGGUCCAGGAAAUGGAGAAAUACAGGAUAGAGUCUGAGCUUGAGAAGCAGAAAGGGGUAGUGAGGCCCAGUAUGUCCCAGAGCUCUGGGCUGAAGAAGGAGGCUGGCAAUGGCAACAUGAACCGUGCCAGUCUGGACGACACCUACACCAUGGGCGAGGGCCUGAAGAGGAGUGCCCUCAGCAGCUCCCUCCGCGACCUCUCCGAAGCAGGCAAGCGUGGGCGCCGCAGCAGUGCAGGAUCACUAGACAGCAAUAUGGAAGGGUCCAUCAUUAACAGUCCUCACAUACGCCGGAGAGCCACAACCCCACGCAGCGAGGGCCCGCCCCGGGGCCACCCCACCAUCCCCAACUCCUCCUCCCUCCUCGGGUCGCUCUUUGGCAGCAAACGGGGGAAGCCUUCAUCCCAGAGCCAUCCUCCUCUUCCUCUGCCUGGUCACCCCACCCUCAUCUCCCACACUCCUCAUCCGUCCAACCUCCACCACACAGCCCAGCAGGUAGCCCAGGCCCAGCUCCACCACUCCCAGUACUGCCACGUCCAACAGAACCCCCCUCCCUACCACCACCACCACCAUUACCACCCCCCUCCCCACACACAGUACCACCAGCACCCAGCAGCAUAUGCAUCCUCCUCCCACACACACCAACACACCCACCCCCACCCGCAUGUACCACAGCACAGCCACGGCACCCAUAGCCAGCAUUCCCAUCACGCCUCACACUCCCAGCAUGCCCCUCACCACCACAGUCAGCUGCAGGGCCCGGCACCCAGCGGGCCCAAACCCAAACACAGUGGCAUCAGCACCGUGGUGUGAAGUCCCUCACUGAAAGAGAGCGAGAGAGAGCGAGAGCAAAAGAGAGAACGAAAGAGAGCGAGAGAGAGAAAAGAUUGAAUGAGCAAAAGGAAAGAGUGAGUGAGUGAACUUAAGGGAGGGACAGUCUCUUCCCCCAAAGGGACAGAGGGUAUACUGUCAGUCGAUGGCCUAUCUACUGUGUUCCACUGCUGUGAUGGAGAUGGACCUCUGGCAGUCCCAUGUAUCCGCUCCCCCCUUCAGCUGCUCACCAAUAUGCUGGAUGGAAACCAGACUCAAUUCUUCCACAAAGGGCCUCUGCUCGAACCUUAGUAAGGGCCUCUGUCUCUCUGUCAGGGCUUCAGGGAGGUGUUUUGUACGGGGAAACGCUUUCCCUCCUUCUCCCCAUGAACUCACACCAAACCCAGGCUGAAGAGAACCGUGCAUUCUCUGUAGGCCGCUGUCCACUUCUCCGUUCUUUCAAUAGCCUGUCUUCCCUUCACGUAAUCAGGAGACAAGACCACCUGGGAUAGGCCUGAGAAAACAUGUCUGACUGUUUUCUCUGUCACAAUGGCAUAUUAUAUUGUAUACAGUCUUUUUAAACAAAGCUAGCUUUUAACACUCUGCUUUCUUGAGGUUUCCAAAACUCUCUUCAUUUUUAAGAAUGCUAUUUGUUCUUGCCUCCUAGAAUUCAUGUAGAGUAAAAAAGCUAGGUGUAAUCAUUUCACAAUAACUAGACCAACGGACAGGCUAACAACAGUCUCAAUCGUAGUAGUUCUAGUGUUGUAUUUACUGUAGAUGACAGCUUUACGUGUUGUCUCCUAGCUCUCAUUGAUAAAUGUGCCAAUUACUAAUGCAUAAACUAUUUAGUCUAGACUUCAUGUACAGUAUAUAUUGUGCGUAAAGUACCUUGUAAGAUUAUACUUACAACCAUUAUUAUCAUUAGAAAUAAACUGUAUCAGUAUUAUACUGACUCUAUGGUAACAGGAUAGAUGGGAAGGGGGAGUGGAGCCACAUUGUCAGGCAGGCCAAUAACCUACUCUGGAACCUUUUGCCUUCCAACCAGAGCAUUGAGAGACUGGAAUGCAGCUGUGGCACAUGGCCCUCCUAACGCUGGGCUGUCAUGUAUAAAACCUCAGAGUGAACAGAUAUGGGUGUCUACUGACCAUAUGUUGUUCCUAUGCUGGGUGGAUGGGUCCCACUCGGCUCGGUGUAGUACUCCUAUAUGAAGUAUUGAAGUUUAGUGCUGUGAGUAAGGACAUGUAGUAAGAUGGCAGUGGGGAAGUGUCACAGAUCUCGUGUUGAGCUCAUGGCCUUCUUUUGGUUGUAUGCUGGCUAAGCUCACAGCUUUCCUGACCUCUCAGAUACUUUACGUUAUAGAAGUUGAGGCUCACGUCACUUUACUGAUGGACCCGCAGUAAAGCUGACAAUGUCUCAUGCCUUUGAUAUAUGAAGCAGCUGCAUUCUUGACUCUUCAAAUCAAAAUAUGAUAAUCCUUUAUUUUUUUUUUCUUCAUAAUUUACUAUAUCUUUGUUUUCAUCACAAAACCUGAGUAGGUGAGUGACUAGAAUAACCUCUUAAGUAUGUAGUGUUUAGUUUUUGGUUUGUCAUCUUAGUUGUUUCAUUGUGUACAGUAUGUGCAAUAUCUUCGUACUGGUUUUGUACAUUCAAAACAAAAAAGUGUCCCUUCUGUUUGUUUUGUGUGUUUUCAUGUUGCAUUGUUAUUUAUUUAGUUUGGACCCCUGUCGUUCUCUCUCAGUGGCUUAAUGUGUGGCUGUUCUCAUGGUUCUCUGAGAAACACAGUCCUGGAAUUUUCGAAUUCAAUGGAAUUCAGUGGAAUGUCGAAGUGAUUUUGCAUGUAAUGUUAUUAAUGUGAGGCUAUCCUCAGCACAUUGUAUAACAAAUCAGUGUUAUCAUAGUCGAUAAUCACAUUAAAAAAUGCAGACUUGUAGGCCCUUUACAGGUUCAAGUCUGUUAUCAUGUUGUCCUGGAAGAGAUUCAGGUGAAUUCUUUUUUUUUUUUUUUUCAGAUGAUAUACUUAGACAGUUGACGGUAGUGCUUGACUUGGACUGAAAUAGGUUCCGGUACUCAUUUUGGGUACCAGUACUGUUUAUAUUUAGGUGCUGGAGCUCCUCAAUACUUAUGAGCUAAAAUUCUAUAAGAGGAACAGAACCUCGAGCAGUAGUUUGAAGUGCCGGUACUCUGCUCCGGUGUCCCAAGUCAAGCACUGGUUGACGGUGAAAAGAAAGAGGAAUGUGUGUAUAUAUUUUAAUAAAGGAAUAUGCUUCCCUCUGGGCAGAACAUAAAUAUUUUGCUGGAUAAGCACAUAUGAAGGAACGCUUUCAUUUUUCAGGAAAUCCAGAUCUAAUAUACAGCAAAGAAAUGCAAAUAAAACAAAGGAACUGGGUUAUAUGUAAAGAAAAAUAUCUUUCUACAUUCUACAAAAUAAGAGUAUAUUAUCGUGUGUACAUUAAAGUAAAAGUCAACUGUUUGUCCCAAUAUUCAGGGUGUAAAUGUAUUUUAACAUUCACUAAGAAAACCACAACCAUAAGUCAGACUUCCCACUGGGCACACACUGAUGGAAUCAAGGUUGUUUCCACAUCAUCUCAAUGAAAUUACAUUGAACCAAAGUGGAAUAGACGUUGAAUUGACACCUGUGCCCAAUGGGUUGAGGCCUAGGCUUCACUCAACACGUCUGUUCAUGUUAGAUCCAUGAUAUUAUAACAACAAAUAAGGAAAUGUAGACAGAUAAACAUAUCUUACCUAUGACAUGAAUAAUCAAUUGAAUGUCUUUCUAAUUUUCUUUUUUGUAACUCAGAAAUGGUCGGACAAUGUAAAAAUAGAGAACGAAAUGUAUACAUUUAUCUUGAUAUGUGUUGUAGUGCUUCAAGAAAUGUCCACAGUCUAUAGUCUGAUAAGUACCCCCACAAUGCACUGCAUGGACCUGAUGCAUCGUGUGUCUUUUUCACUGUGAGCUGACUGAACAGGUCAGCCAGUAAAGUUGAUUAACUUUA